GGGGCAGCAGCACGACAUUAAACUGAAAGUCGUCCACAGCACAAACACGACGAGGAAGAAAGAGAAACGGGAAGAUGAAAGCAGCAGCUGAUGGUGACACAUCAUAGCAGGAUCUCCAAUGCUCCAAUUAACGGCUUCUGAAGAAGAAGAAGAAUGCACUUGUGAGAUCUUCCAGGUCAGACAGGCAGUGUUACAAAACAAUGACAGACUCCUUGAUAAGAUGCUCUGCCAAGAAAUCUACAGGAAGGUCAUCAACUGCAGAGGUGGCUGGGGCAUUGCAGGCACGCCUCUCCAUGCUGCUGUGUCUAAAGGUCAUCUCAGCUGUCUGCAGGUCCUGCUAGCCCACGGUGCCCUGGUAGACAGUAUAGAUGUCAAGGCUCAGACGCCCCUCUUUGCCGCUGUUCGUGGGAAAUACCUGGACUGUGUUUUAGCGCUCCUACGAGCAGGCGCCAACCCCAAUGGGAACUCAUUCAACAACUGCACCCCCGUCCUCACUGCUGCUCGGGAGGGUGACGUGGAGAUAUUAAAGGAACUGCUUAAACAUGGCGCAGAGGUGAACUCCCGCUCUAAAGUCUUGCUCUGGACAUCCAGUGCCAGGGUUUCGAGCGGGCCGCUGUACCUGGCUGCAGUUUACGGACACAUGGAGUGUUUCAAACUGCUGCUCCUCUACGGGGCAGAUCCAGAUUACAAUGGCACAGAUGCAAAGCUGCUGAGUUCUAUCAAGCAUCCUAAAACUGUGCUGGAGAUGUGCCUCAGGCACGGCUGUGGCGUGGAGUACAUCCAGCUUCUGAUCGACUUCGGUGCAAACGUCUACCUCCCUACGCUGAUCAUCGAGAAGUCCACGAAGCAGAACGAAGCUGUGGAGCUGCUUCUGCGGGAAAGAGGAAACCCAAAAGCCUUGAUGUCACAGUGCCGACUCGCCGUCAGAAGAUACCUCAAAAAGAUCAACAAGAUCCACUGUAUCGACCAGCUGGACAUGCCAACAAGUCUCAUCAACUUCCUGCAAUACAAACCUGCCCCAGCAACUGUUCUGUAGCUAAGUGAGCUGGAGGCAAAUUCAUUUUUGUUUUAGCUAAAGCUUUUGUUUUAUUUGCAGAUUGUGGACCACCUUUUAAUGACUCCUGUCUACUCAUGUGCUUUUCUGUUAAGACUUAUAAGUCAAAGCAUUAAAUGUGAGGAUAAAUAAUG